UCUAUGAAUUUGUAGUUCGUACUUCGACACUUCGUACUGUUCGUAGAAAUCUUUUCUCUAGAACGACUAACGGACAAACUUUUGAGUAUAGAAUCACAGAUACAGUUAGAGUUUGAUAGAAUAAUAAUAAUUAUUAUUAUUAUUCUAUACUCAAAACAUCUAUAUAUAGACAGAGACAAGUCUCUGAUAUACAGAUAUGUAGAUUAUUUCUAAUUUAGAAUAUCCAGUUUAGCAUGAAUUGAUAAUUAUUGAAAUAUCUCUGUUUCACAUGAAACUCAGCAACAUUUAUUUAUUUCUGAAUUCCUUUCUUGUUGUCAAGUUUUGAGGAGAUUUUGUAACAUGCAUUUCAAACUUUUGAACAAGGUAAUUCAGCGUUACCAUUCAUUUUCUGUUCAAUUUGUUCCUAAACAUAACUCGGUUUCUGAAAAAGAUAUAGAAACGCUUAAGGAAUUUAUUGGAAAUUCGCAAAAAAUGCUUGUUCUUACUGGUGCAGGAAUUUCUACUGAAUCAGGCAUUCCAGAUUAUAGAUCUGCUGAUGUAGGCUUGUAUGAUCGGAGAAACUAUAAACCAGUUAAACAUCAGGAAUUUUGUUCAUCCUUUCAAAUAAGACAGAGAUAUUGGGCAAGGAAUUAUAUAGGAUGGCCAUCUUUUUCUCAACGCCAACCUAAUAAUACUCAUUAUAGUAUAAAAAAUUUGGAAACUGUUCACAAUAAAAUAUCUAUUGUUGUAACUCAAAAUGUCGAUAAUCUUCAUUUUAAGGCAGGCAGUAAAGAAGUUGUAGAGUUGCAUGGCUCAGCGUACAGAGUAAUGUGUUUAGGGUGUAAAUCAAAUUAUGACAGAGGCUAUAUACAAGAAAAAUUGAAAGAUACAAAUCCUAAUUUCAAGGAAGACUCUGGAAUUAUCAGACCAGAUGGGGAUGUUGAAAUAUCAACUGAGAGACUUAGUGAAUUUUUACCACCAACUUGUGAUAAUUGUGGGGGAAUUUUGAAACCGGACAUUGUAUUUUUUGGAGAUAAUGUACCUCGUCCCAGAGUGAAUUUAGUCAAUGAAAACUUAUUAGAAGGAGAUUCCCUUUUGAUUUUAGGUUCCUCAUUAACAGUUUUCUCAGCUUAUCGUAUAGUUUUGAAGGCUUUGGAGACAAACAAAAAUGUAGCAAUAGUGAAUAUUGGUCCCACAAGAGCCGAUGAGUUGGUCAAAUUGAAAAUACGAGUGAGGUGUGGCGAAAUUUUACCCUUGAUUUGUUGAAAACUUAAAUUCAAUCAAAUAAAUCAUGAGAAAUAUUUA